AAUUUCUUGCCACUUACGCAUCUUUGGGCCACUGGUGCAACUUGCCCUGUUCGUGUUGUUACAACCUCCGACAACACACCGACGAGGCAUGAUGUCUCCAAGGUACGGAAAACAGUCGAAAAAACGGAAAAUAACAGAGCUGAUUUGACUCGGUGUUUGAGAAAAUGGCGGAUUGCUUCCCGAUGUGACGUCACGUUGUGACGUCAUCGCUCUGAGAGCGAAUAUUAGAAAGGCGUUUAAUUCGCCAAAAUUCACCCAUUUAGAGUUCGGAAAUCGGUUAAAAAAAUAUAUGGUCUUUUUUCUGCAACAUGAAGGUAUAUAUUGACGCUUACAUAGGUCUGGUGAUAAUGUUCCCCUUUAAAAUGUAAGAUCGGAAAUUAUCGGUAUCGGUUUCAAAAAGUAAAAGUAAUGACUUUUCAAUACGCCGCUGUACGGAGCGGUACAUAUCCGGUAAAACACGGACGUAGGGCAUACUUGCCAACCCUCCAGAUUUUCCCGGGAGCCUCACGAAUUUCAGUGCCCCUCCCGAAAAUCUCCCGGAGCAACCAUCCACCCGAAUUUCUCCCGAUUUCCACCCGGACAACAAUAUUGGGGGCGUGCCUUAAAGGCACUGCCUUUAGCGUCCGCUUUUCCUCCAUACUAACAGCGUGCCGGCCCAGUCACAUAAUAUAUGCGGCUUUUACACACACUUAAGGGAAUGUAAUGCAUACUUGAUCAACAGCCAUACAGGUCACACUGAGGGUGGCCGUAUAAACAACUUUAAACACUGUUACAAAUAUGCGCCACACUGUGAACCCACACCAAACAAGAACGACAAACACAUUUCGGGAGAACAUCUGCACCGUACUACAACAUAAACGCAACAGAACAAAUACCCAGAACUCCUUGCAGCACGGACUCUUCCGGGACGCUACAAUAUACACCCGUGCUACCACCAAACCCCGCCCACCUCAAUUAAGAGUUGGACAAUAUCGGAUAUCGGCAAAAAAGCCAUUAUCGGACAUCUCUAAUCAUAACACAUGCUUUCAUAUAAUUUGACAAUGUUGUAAACUGUUAUAUAAUUACUGAAUACGAUUAAAAUCAAGAGUAAGAGGAAAAGUUGGGCCCCGAGGUCAAAAGGGUUAAGAGCCCCUGGCCUAAAAGACCGCUGUCCACAUACUUCAGUCCUUGUGACGUGUCCCUCCUCUGUUUUCCAGUCACAUCGCAGCCAUGCAGCCUCCCCUUGGAACCCCUCCUCUCCCCGUCUUAUUUCUCGCUCUGCCUCCCUCCAGCGCGCUCACGCUUGCCGGCCUCCGAUUGGCUGCGGCUUGCCUGGCUCUUUAUGAAUUGAGCUGCGGCGCUCGGAUGUGACUGGCUGGUUGCUAAUCAACACAAUGAGCUAUCUCUUCCUCUCGCUUUCUCUCACACACACACACACACACACACACACACGCCAACUGACACGCUAACAUGUGAUUAGCCCACAGCUCACGUAAGCAAGGUGCAGUGAUGCUCUCUCUCUCUCUCUCUCUCUCUCUCUCUCUCUCUCUCUCUCUCUCGCUCGCUCGAUGUCUCUCUGUCUCCCUCACACACACACAGCAUCACACUGGGGGGAUGCAGGCGCCUCGGGGUGAUGCUGUGACGCCUCCUUGCCUCACUCACACACGCGCCUCUGUCUUUUCGUCUUUCCCUGCCCGCGUUGCCUCGUGUGUGUCUGUGGAAUGCCACUGCUGUGAUGUUUUGGGACAGGAAGAAUAGUAUGGGCAAUUCCCAAAGGCGGCCCAAAGGGAGACACAGACCCAAAUCGGCAACAGCCACUAGCGGACUCGAGGCGGAGGGCGGCAGGCGCGGAGGCACGAGCGGCAGCCGCGGUGGCGAUGCCAACCACAGCAGCGGUGGUGGCGGCGGCGGCAGCAACGGUGCAGCCCACUUCAGGUCUCCAUGGCAACAGAGCGUGAACGUGUUUGGCUCGUGGAGCAGGCCCGAGUGUGUCGAAGAGCUGCACCAGCAGGCGCAGCUUAACCUCCAGAGCCUGCUGCAAGACUUUGAGGAGCAGCUCUGUGACGCCAAGCUGACCGGUCAGACGUUCCGCCAUCCGCCCUUGCAGAGCUCCAUCAACGCGUCCGCCUGCAACUCGCCCGCCUCCCUCGGCGACAAGCGGUCCGACUUCAUCUUCCUGCCGGCAUCCAAGCAGCUCUACGAGGACGAGACCGACACCUCCGUCUUCGGACUGAGGUCCCUGGCCAACCCAUCCCCCUCGCCAUCGCCGUCCCCCUGCGAGUCAGACUGCCCCCCGCUGGGCUGGAGCGGCGGACCACCCGUGGUGGAGAAACCCCGCUGGCACCUUGGCAGACGCACAGGUGAAGGGGGAAGUGGGAAAUUCCAUGGUGUGGACCUCCUGCAGCACUCUGUGUCCCCAUCUCCCUCUCUCGGGGAGCACUUCCAUCAACCCCGCUCACUGGAGCCCGUCACAGACACCCCUCACCAGAGCCUUGCCUUGAGAAAGAUACACUCUGACGUCGACGCAACCACGCCUACAGAGAACAUCCUGGAGCGGCCAGGAAGCAUGGACCACUCUGGACUGAUUUGCUCCAAAACGCCCUCUACCACCUGGAAUGGACCCAAAGGCUCCACCUUCUCCCCCGCUGCGUGGAACGAACCCUAUAACUACACCGUUAAGAAAGGGCCGGCAGUCCCACCCAAACAGCACAGCAUCAUCGGUCACACAGGGGGCGGGAUUCAGGAAGGCGUGAUGUUAGUAAGCUCGGGACACUUGGCCAGCUCACAGUCCUUCUCGACAAUGUCGGACACUUCUGGGAGACGAGGGAACAAUACGCCAGGGAUGUCACUGGCAGCUGUCAUGAUGGGGAAGCGGAGUGAAACAGAGGGGGCCACGGCGGAUGGAGGGAGGGGUGGGGGAGGAGAGGGCAGUGGUGGAGAGGUGGGAAGGGGAAGGGAGAAGUCGGCACGCUCCAUAGCGGCGGCGAAUGCAUUCAAGUUCCGGGAACGUUCCCUUUCCACACCCACAGACUCGGGCUCCUUCUGCUUCACUGAGUUUGGUACAGACCAACCAGACGAGACCCUGGCCUCCACAGGGAAUGGGAACGUCUACACCGCUGCAGAACACCAACGGCAGCAUCAUACCUUCUUAGGUUUGGGCGAGAACUACGCUCUCCUCUAUCCCAGAGGAAGCUCUGAGGACAGUGCCAGUACCACUGACAACAUCUCUGUCACAACUUCUGACUACGGCGUUGAAGGACGCUUGCGCCUCCGCUCACGAUCUAUCUCGCUCAAAAAGUCAAAACGCAAGCCGCCACCUCCUGUGAGGAGCGUUUCUCUCAUGAAGAACCUUGGAGAGGCUGAGGGAAGGAUCCACCAUGGAGGCAAAUUGCAUAGGGAUGGCCGGCCAAAGAGCCUGCACAUUCCCAGAGACCACUUUCCGGACUUCCAGCCCGACUUCUUUUUGCCCAGCUCGUCUUACUCCUCCAAAUCAGACACUCAGCGAGGGGAACCGGGACAGGGAGGCUACGAUCGACCUCCAAACCUGGAGGUGCAUCCACCAGAGAAGGAGGCGGAACUAACUUUCCCCACUCACUGGCAGCUCGGGGAGUGGAAGAUCAAUGACCCCUACAGGUCUUUGUCAGGCUCCAGCACAGCUACGGGUACCACGGUGGUUGAAUGUAUGAAAGUCAGAGGUAGCUCAGAGUCGUUGUUAGAAUCCCCUUCCACUUCCAGAGCCACGUCACCCUCGCAGCUCACCACGGAAACAGACGUUAAACCCUCCUCGCCUUUCAAACCCCCAGGACUCAUGUCCCCGUCAAGUGGAUAUUCCAGCCAGUCGGAAACGCCAACUCCGACUGUGCCGCUCAGUCAUGCAGCAGGUCCGGGAGGAGUUGGAUCAUUGGGGAUAACAGGGUGUAAGAUGCGCCCUAAGAUUCCUGAAAGGAAAUCCUCACUACCUUCACCAAAGGAUCCUGCUGCCAGGUCCAGAUUGUCCUUUGAAAUGCCAGGGAAUGCCCACCUUGAGCUGUCAUCCAUUAAGCCAAAGCAAAAGGCCAGCAGGCGGCAUUCAGACACGUCCACAGCGGCAAAACCUGGAAAAAUCAGCCCCAGCUCUUCCCAGGUGCUCCCUGUAGUCACCCAGAAUGAGCUGAAAACAAUUCGGCUUCGAUCUGUCUCACGAGGCGACUUGGAGGACUUCCCAGAUGGAGCGUCAGACACCAUCGAGGAAGAACAACAGUGCAGAGACUUUGGAGACGACACCAGUCCGCCUCCCACUCUACCGAAACCUAAGCCACCUGUUGCAGUCAAACCCCCUCUGCCAAAGCGGCCCCUCAACCUGCUUCUGAAGUCUCCUUCGACGCCCCCCCUUAGCUUGGACUCACCCCCAGCGUCGCCUGUGGAGCGGCCCGUGCCUCUGGGCAACAUUUACAAAGUGAUGAAGAAACCCAAACCCAAAAAAACGCCACCUAAAAGUCCUGCGAGUCCAUCAGUGAUCCCAGACAUUAAUUCCAUGUCCACCACACAUACCUUCUACGAUCAGUGCCUCUUUGACCUUCCUCCCCUUCCGGAACCCCAACCUCUCCUGGAGGAUCCUGUGUUGGAGCCGGAAUACGACGCUGGCUUUCAACUAGGGCCAGAAGAUGGAGGCUCUUUACCUUCUCCCUGCAGUAACCAAGAAGCACCAGAGCUCCAAGACAAAAGCAAGACACUUCCGUCAAGGAUGACCAUCUCCUGUUUGGCAGAGCUCUCUGACAAAAAAAAGCCCAAGGUUCCACCCCCAGUUCCCAAGAAACCUUGCGUCCUGCUUCUUCCUUCAUCCGUAACCCCCUCCACAAACGGCGGCACAGACCGCCAGACGCCACAAACCGACAGUCCGGUGGGUCCCUCGUCUCCUGGAGCACCUUUCCCACCAGAAAAUAUCCCAAUAAGUCCGCGAGUUCCUGAAAUGUCAACACAGGAUGAGAAUUACUUGGGAUUGGAUGUUUUGAAGGAUCCUUUACUUCACUCAUCCCUGCUGGAUUCCUCCUUCGCUGAGCUGGAAGAGAAUAUGGUCGCCACUGGGAUUGGGGCAGAUGACAGCGUGUCCUGCGACAGGACGGUGCUUCACAUUGUGGAGGAAACGGAUGAGGACUUCCCAGCCAGCGCGCCUGCAGCACACACCACCGAAGAUCUGUUCACCAUUAUACACAGGUCUAAGCGAAAGGUCCUGGGUCGCAAGGAGCCUUCAGACUCCUUUGGAAGCCGCCAGAACCUCAUGUCCCCGGUCAAGCAGAGCCCGGAGCUGCGGAACCUCACCAUGGGCAGCAGCCUAAGGUCCAGCUCGCGCAACGACAACUUCAUGGCCCUGCUUCAGAAGAAGGGCAGCAAGUCUUCCAGCGGCGGGGCCAGGGUGUCUGCCGCCGAACUCCUCAAAAGCACAAACCCUCUGGCGCGGCGGGUCACCGAGUUCUCGGGCGGCGCUGGCGAGGGGGCAGAGAUGGAGUCCGGCGGUCAAGGCAAACCAAACGACCAGUAAACCAAGGAGCGUUAUCCACAUCUGGAUCAGCUCGCAAGCAGCCGCUUCGCUCCAACCACUGGCUGACCAUUUGCACUGUCCAAUCCCAUCGGAGCAGCACACCUUUUGGACAAAAUGGUCCCUCGUGUGGUUGGAGCCGUUUUAUUUCCUGACAUAGCGGAGUAAGUUGUGAGCAACGCACUUAGCGGGGAGGGAAAGAUGGACGUGUGGAUACCAGGAACAUAAGCAUUGGAUAUCUUUUCUCCUGACGGUGAGUGUUGACCUGCACCACGGCAUCAGUCCGGAGUCCAUGUACUGUAAGACUUCUUCAUAACCAAGAAGUACAUUGAAGUGCAGGCUUUGCUUCCUAGCAUGCAAAAGACAAAAUCGUUCCAGAUUCCACUCAAUCAUAAAGCACUUUUCUUAAAUGUUUGUUGUCCAGAGGCCGUUUACAUGAUUCAUUCCCUCCAGGUGCACCCCGGAAUAAUGUUACAUAUAGUUUUUCCCACGUAAGUGUUUUUUUUUUAGGACAUACACAUGAUCAAGGAUCGUUCAGAGAACAUUUGCAGACACUGCCUGUGUGACGGACCACACACACACACACACACACACACACACACACACACACACACACACACACAAAGAACAGAACUGUCUGCACAAGCGUGUGACUGCGCACAAAUCGUCAUCACGCCUGCGGAGUUUCUGCAUGGAGAGCAUGAAGCAGGCUCAGGGGAUCAAACAGGGUUUAUUUUUUAUUUUUUUGCUGGGUCUCCAGUGACGGAAGCGAAGGACUACCACAAACCAAGACCAGAGGGGACCUGAGUGUGUGUUGGAGUGUGAGAGUGUGCAUGCUCGCUAGCAUGUGCUUGUGUGUGUUUGACUCGUGUAUCAUCCGCCACCAGGUCAUCUCCAGAAUGAGCGGUUCUCGUCACAUUUCACCAACUCCUCCAUGCACUUCCACACUUUCAUGUAGCAUCUCCUAACCCACACCCCCACACCACUCCCUCCUCUUUCCACUACCUAUUGGGUCUUUGCAUCCCAGCUGGCAGACGACGGGUGAAUUUCAAUGAGAAAACUUGCUUUUGUAGGGAUGGGUGAAGGAGUUCACUCUUUUGGGCCACCACUGUGUCAGAGCUCUCCCUAGUGGGUGGAGGAUGUACUGUAGAGCGCCACAUUAGGACACCCCUAAGAUAGUCCUUCAGGUACAUGCCAUCUUCAGUACGGAAAAAAAAAAAAAAAAAGAAUACAUCACUAUUUAUGAUGACUCGUCAAGUGGUGCUUUUUUUUUUUUUUUGCUUUUAGACUAUUUAGUGAAUUGAGUGUUUGUUUUGCCUUGUAUACUAAGAUUUUCUUCUGCGUUUUCUUUUACGUUGUUGAUUUUCUUGUUUUUUGUUUUUGUUUUUUUACUUGCACUCUUCUUCACCAGUUCCUACGCUGAACUUCAGCAGUGAUAAUGAUUCCUAAGGUAAGCAAAAAAAAAGAAGAGGACAGUUCCAACAUGCAGCUUCCCUUUUUAAAGGGGCUGAAGCUAAUAUGUAUUAAUAUGGAUGAUAUUUGGAAAAAAAAUGGCCUUGGACAUAAUUUAUAAUCCCUCCCUGCAAGGCAGCAUUGGAAGUGACACGCCUGUACAAUGGGAGCAGCAGGGAUAAGUUGAAUUUUAGCACAUGAUUCCCUCUUUGGGAGAGAAAGGGAGGGGGAAAGUCAGGAGGUUGGAGAACGUGUAAUCCUCACCUCCUCUCCUCGGUGAGUGGCUCAUAAGUGGCGUCCUUCAAAGGAUGAAUAGAAUGGAUUCAUCAAAUAAUUUGAACCAUUUGAAGGGGUUGUAAUGUUUAGGUUGGUCCUGUGUGAGCUUUCGCUCAUGAAAAGGACACACGGGUGUUGCAUCAGAUAAUCUUACAGCACACCAGAGGCCAAAGAGUGUAUGGGGCCCCUGACCCCACUGUCAAAUUGGGGCUGGCUUAGAGCAACAGAGACAAAUAAUUAUUGGAUAAUUAUUCUAUUUUUGUUAUUCCUUACGGAAGAAAGACCUAUUUAAAUUAUUAUUCCAUAGAUGUAUUGACUCACCCUGCCCCCAUCCUCCAAAUGCAGUGGUUGGGUAUUUAGGUGCCCAGGCGAGCGCCGCUUCCCCGGCCGGCUCUUCUCUCCGCAAAGUAUUCCAUCAUAAAUAAAUUAUUUUUCUUGUGUAAAAGCA